AUGUUCAAGGCCCGAUUGAUGUUUGAUGGAGAGUUUGAAGGACUCGGUGCCAUCGCAGCCACCAACACAGUUGUAGUGCCUAAACCCAUCAAAGUGUUGGACAACCCUGAUGGAGGAGCCUGCUUGGUCACCAGCCACAUGGAUAUGAAAAUGUUAAACAAACAUUCAGCAGAACUUGGGGACAGAAUGGCUAGACUUCAUCUACACAACAAAGUUCUCAGAGAUGCAAAUGACCCAAGACAUUUGACCACGUUUGGUUUUCACAAAACCACAUUUCACCGUUUAACUCCUCAAGAUAAUACUUGGAAAAAUGACUGGGUGACAUUUUUCAUCCAAAACCGGCUUGAACCUCUGUUCAGCAUUGUAGAAGAGAAAAAUGAUGUUGAAGCAAUCCAGUUGUGGUUGAGACUUAAAGAAAAAAUUCCAUCUUUUUUUGAGGGAAUUGAGGUAAAUCCUUCCAUUGUCCAUGGAGACUUUUGGGGUGGUAACGUUGGGGAAACAUCAACUCACCCAGUGAUAUUUGAUCUUGCCUCUGUAUUCUAUGGUCAUCAUGAGUACGACGUUGCUGUUUCUGUGCUUUGGGGUGGGUUUACAUCAAUUUUUUAUGAUGCCUAUCACAAAAUGAUUCCAAAAUCCCCAAGAUUUAAAGAACGACAAAAACUCUACCAGUUACAUCAAUUCCUACACCAUUGGAUCUUUAUGAAAGACUUAUAUAGAAAACAAGUCAUUGCCAUCAUGAAGAAUGUUCUUCAGAAAUCAUCGUAG